GUUUGCCUGGCGCCGCACGGGUCAAGCUGCGGGCUGCCGGGCAGCAUCGACAGCACAAGUCCACCACAGCUCGGCUGGCGCCAUAGCGGAGCAGCACAGAUGCAUCGAUACGUGUGAGCCGGGAUGAUGAGGCGUGCUGCCCCCCUGCUGGCCCUCGUCGCGGCCGCGAUGGCGGACGGCAACGCCACGAAACAAUGCGAGCCCUUCCGCAUCGUCAGCGACCACAACGGCUUCGGGAACGCGAUCUUCGCGUUGUAUCGAGCCUUCGCGCAAGCACAGCGGUGCGGGACAUCAGUAGAAAUCCUCUCCAAUAAAGAGAAGCACGACCGCCUGUCUCGCAUCUGCGCGCGCCUUACGUGUGAAGGCGCGACCAUCAAGGACCAGGGUUCAUUUAGAUGGGGCGAGGAUCGAGCUGGUUUAUUAUCGACUUCCUUGGGGGGCCAGGAGAACGCCUGCCCGCCCGGGUGUGGGCUGCGGGGCGGCAAGCGUAUUCAUGUUACUCGCAUGCCAGUCGAUUCUGCAAAGUUCACGCCCUCCAACAAUGGCGCGUGGCUGGCGCCGUUGACAUGCGUCGGUGGUGAUAAUACUGGUAAGUUCACCACAGCAGCACAUAUCCGGUCGAUCCGCUUUGAUUUUGAAAAAUCGCCGAAGGAGGUCCUGACGCGCGCGCGGACCCACCCCGACGACCGGGAGAAUGAUACGAUGUCGUCCUACAAAGGGCGCGACGACGGUCACAUGUUGUACGACGUGGACGAGUGGCGGUUCCUCGCCAAUCAUAUACGAGACGGUGUGAAUAACAUCUACAUCGCCUCGGACAACGCGCCGGCGCGCGAUGAAUUAGCAAUGAGGAUCGCCGAUGGUGGAGGCACGGCGUGCUUCGUUAACAGAGCGUCGGGCCACUCGUCCUGGCAUUAUGGGGAGGAGGCCGACGACCACGCGCUGACGGACUGGUGGCAUUUAGCACAAGCCCAGACCAUCCACCAGAUCGAUUUGCGGUGCCGGGGGAGGACGGCGCAUUCCUGCCAGUUCAAUCGCAAAAGAUGUCCCCGGGGCUCGGUCAAGCGCGGCCGCAACAACGCCGGGUCAAGCCACUGCCGCGGGUCCUCCUUCUCGCACGCGGCGCACCGGCUCUACGCGGGCACUCGAACGCGCGCCUACACGUGCGUUAAUUGUCAGACCUUGUCGUCGGCGGCGCCGGGGGCCAAGGAGUCGCGUCGCGACGCCGACACGGCGGCGGCGGCGGCGGCGGCAGCACCCGCCGCGGCAAUCAAAGGCAACUGCACGUCCGACAUCGAACGGAAACUUAUUGAACUCCUCCCCGGCCCGGGCAUCCUAUCAAGAGGAGAGCUGAGCAAGAAAAUCGCGUGGGUCCCCGACGAGCGAAAGUCGUGCGUCGUCGCGCGGAGCUUGCUGGAGAUCCGCGCGACGCUAAACCCGGCGCACGACCUCGUGGAGGCCGUAUCCAAAAGCGUGUCCGGGCGACGCACGACGCGGCUCUCGGCGACGACGCGGAGGCGCUCCCGCAAGGCCCUCGGCGACGUCUUCUUCGAGGCGUUUCUGGACAUUGCGUCAGAUAGGCUCCUGGCGCUGGACGCCUGCCCCGCAUCGACUCCGACGAAAACGUUGAUCUGGUUCGUCACGCGCCGCGACGCCAAAGCUCGGCUCUGCGUCAAAUUGGCAUUGGCGGCGCUCGAGGCCGAGGCGCGAGGCUGGGGUUUGGGACUUGUCCAUACUGAUCCAGAAGCCGCCGCGGCCGUCGUCGACGCCCUGCCGGAGCGCUGCCGCGGCCGCGUCGCCCUCAAAUCGGCCAAAGGGCUUGCUGACGUGAUCCUAAUGAAGCAGAAAUGGGGCGACGAUAAUCCCCAAUUUACGAGGUGGGACCUGUCCUGCCUCCAGGCGUCUUCGGUCUACUACGAGGGGCUGGACGCGCCCGUUGUGAUCGCGGGCGGCGAAGAUGUUUUAGUGAGACGCCCGAUCACGGACGACGAACUGGCCUACACGAUGCUCGGGGCGCCGUGGCGGCGGACGCAGAUUAGGUUCGGGGGCAACGGGGGCUUCGCCGUGCGCGACCCGGCUUUUGUCAGGGCCGAAGGCCGUGUGGAAAUCAACCAGUGCGUCGGGUGCACGAACCGGCAUCGCCACGCCAUCGAGAAGGCGUCGCGUCGAUGGCGUGGAGGUCGACGCGAAGAUUCAGCAGAACGUUCCGCACAGGCCGAAGGGAUUACGAUCGACCCGCGCGAGAAUUUGGACGCGUGGGCGAACGCCUGCCGGAAGAUGGGUAAAAGGGCCGACGACGUCCACCUCUCAUAUAAGCUCGGACUGCUCUAUGAUCGAGGGAACCUAGGCGCGUUCAAGCCCGCGUCGCGGGAAGUUUUGUUGAACUUCGCCGCGGAGAUGGUCGAGAGCCCGGGCGACCCCGCGGCGCUCCACGCGGCCUGGCGCCAUCUAUCGAUAGACUACGUCGUCCGGCAGUUCGAGAAGGUUGUUAGUGUCGUCCGCGACUUCGAAGCGCCUGCGGCCUAAUGAUGUGUGUUUUUUA